CCCGGAAGCUGAAGGCGAGAGCAGCGAGAGCAGCGGCGUCGCGUUGGCAUUUCUCUCAGCUGACGCUCGAGCGCAGGAGACACCGACUCCAGGAACAGGACAUGAUAAGGUCUCCACCAUGGACACAGAGAUGAUGAUGAUGCCGAAGUUCUCCUCGAAAGACGAGGAAAUCGAUUACUGGAAGUGCUUGUCUCUCAAAUACAAGAAGAGUUAUCGUGAUGCUCAGGAGGAGCUGCAGGAGUUCCAGGAGGGCAGUCGAGAGCUGGAGGCCGAGCUGGAGGCUCAGCUGGGGCAGGCCGAGCACCGCAUCCGAGACCUGCAGUCAGAGAACCAGAGGCUGAAGAGCGAGGUGGACACACUCAAGGAGAAACUGGAGCAGCAGUACGCUCAGAGCUAUAAGCAGAUCGCCAUGCUGGAGGAUGACCUGGUCCAAACACGUGGCAUCAAGGAGCAGCUGCACAAAUAUGUCAGGGAGCUGGAGCAGGCCAACGACGACCUGGAGAGAGCUAAGAGGGCCACCAUCACAUCCCUGGAGGACUUUACACUUUGUUUUUGGCUAAAAAAUACAUGCAUCUUGUAUGUUCUUGUAGACUUGAGGCAAGAGUUGGCAGUUCAAGAGAGGACUUCAGAUGUUGCCAGGAUGUCGGCCCCCAGCUCUCCCACCCUAGACAUUGAUAAGACAGACUCAGCAGUGCAGGCCUCCCUGUCCCUCCCAGCUACACCUGUAGGGAAGAACGUGGAGCAUUCUUUCAUUGCUUCUAAAGCGUUGACCAAUGGCUGUGGAAGCUCCCCCCUCACACCGUCUGCACGGAUCUCAGCUCUUAACAUUGUUGGUGAUCUUCUGCGGAAAGUUGGGGCUCUUGAGUCUAAACUAGCUGCCUGUAGGAACUUCGCCAAGGACCAGGCUGCAAGGAAACAUUACACAACAGGAAAUGGAAGCCUCAUCAACAGCAGCGCAACCAAGUUCUCUCAUUCGCUCCACACUACGUAUUUUGACAAGACGAAUAUGAAUGGCCUGGAUCCCGGUGCCCUGACGGCCAUGGCUUCCCCGCGGGCCAUGUCUCCUCCUGGCAUGCUCCCUCUCAGCGUGUGAGAGACUUUCCCAGCGACCUCCACACAAGCUCGGACGCAAUGUGGAAACAGAGAGGACACUCCAGAGAUUGUGUGAGUGUGUGUGUGCGAGAGAGACUGAGAUGACGUGCCUCGAGCGUGUCUGACAGAUGCAUGUCAGGCGUGAGGGUCCGUUCCUGUGAGCGCGAGCUUCAGUCCACCUCUGUUCUUCUCACGAGGUCUCACCUAAAGCCAGCAAAACGACAAAGGUCUGAGUCGGGCCACAGCUUCUGUGUGAGUUUCAGUGUGUCGCACAAUUUAAAAGAUGUUCAAGGGAUUUUCUUUUUGAGGUGAACGUCACUGUAUGCUUGAUGCCAAUGCGUGUGUGUGUGAUCUGAGGCAGAUCUGAACGUCCCCUCAGCCUUGAUUUACACGUUCACUGUUUUCAGCUUCGGUAAAGGGUCUAAAUGUGGAGGUCCGCAGAUGUUUUUACUGGAAUGAAUGCCAAGAAAACGUGUUCAAUAGCAUGGAAACAUCGGCUAUUACUAUUAUUAACCCAGUUACAUCAGCUGGCUGGUCACCAGUUUGCAUGAUGCAACCACUAUUUUAGGGCUUCAGAAGGUUUGUAUGUAUGCUUCUGAAACUGCACUUCAAAACCCCACAGUUAAGUGAUGUUUACUGUGUCUAGAUUCACGGGCCGCAGUGGUCACGAUGCAAACCGCAAGUACUGUUUCACUCGUGUAACUGCUUUGACUGUAAAUCAGUCUCUGUGCGGUGUGACCUUCCUCACAGAACUUGUCAGUGGUUGUAUGAGCCUCAUUUCUAUCCCAUGUGCCUCUGCUGGUGAGUUUGUGGAACUGAAGCCUGCUUUUGUUUAUCACAGGGUUUAAGUUCAGUUCAUUUACGGCAAACUUUAACAUCAAGUAUAGUAGGGCUGCACGAUAAAUCGCAUGCGAUAUUUAACGCGCAUCUUGUCAGUAAA